GACCGGCAUCCAUGGCGGCCACGCCGCAGCUGCGGGACCGGCUGAGCUUCCUGCACCGGCUCCCGCUUCUCCUGAAGGGCACGUCGGAUGACGACACCCCGUGUCCGGGCUUCCUGUUCGAGGAGAUCGCCAAGAUCUCCCACGAGUCCCUGGGCAGCAGCCAGUGCCUCCUGGAGUACCUGCUGAGCCGUCUGCACAGCGGCUCUGGCCGCGUGAAGCUCAAGGUGCUGAAGAUCCUGCUCCACCUGUGCGGCCACGGCUCCUCGGCCUCCCUGCUCAUCCUCAGGCGCAACCCCGCCUUCAUCCAGGAGGCUGCAGUUUUCGCGGGGCCCCCGGACCCUCUGCACGGGAACAGCUUGUACCAGAAGGUGCGGGCGGCUGCCCAGGACCUGGGGGCCGCCUUGUUCUCAGAUGCCUUGUCACCCCCGCCUCCCUCCCAGCCUCCCAGGGCCCCACCUCCAGCAGGCAUGGGCUCCCAGUCCCGGCCCCAGAGCGCUCUGCAGGGCUUCGGCUACAGCAAAGAUCAGCGCCACACAGGCUCUGCGGGCGAAGCCUUCCUGUCCACCAUCCAGAAGGCCGCAGAGGUCGUGGCCAGCGCUGUGCGUCCUGGGCCUGAGAGCCCCGGCACCCAGAGGCCCCUGCCGCAGGGUGACGCCUACCAGCCAGCCAUGACACCUUCCGCCGGCCUCGGCCCCCCACCUGGGGACCCGCUCCCCACAGCCGGACCAGCUGCCCGAGCAGUGAGACACCAGCCCGGGCAGGCCGGAGGCGGCUGGGACGAGCCGGACAGCAGCCCCAGCUCCCAGAACUCUUCCCAGGAGAGCAGUGACCUGGGCAAGGCCUCGGACUCGGGCAGCCAGUCAGGCAGCGACAGCCCCUCGGGGGCCAGCAGGGCGCCCAGCGACCUGGCCGAAAGGGUCGAGGCCGUGACCCUGAGUGACUGUCAGCAGGAGCUGAGCCUGGUCCAGGCCGUGACCCGGGGGCUACAGACCUUCUUGAGCCGAGAGGAGGUGCAGCACUUUGUCAAAGAGUGUGGAGUCCUCAACUGCGAAGCUGUGCUGGAGCUGCUCCUCCGCCACCUGGGCGGGACCAGCGAGCGGGUGCAGAUGAGAGCCCUGGGUGCCAUCGCCUCCCUCGGAUGCACUGACCUGCUGGCCCAGGAGCGCGUCCUGCUUCUUGCUCGGCCGCGGCUGCAGGAGCUCAGCGCGGGCAGCCCCGGACCUGUGACCAACAAGGCCACCAAGAUCCUGAGACACUUUGAAGCUUCCUGCCGACAAUGGCCCCCUGCCCGGAGGCCCCUGGCCGAGCCUGGCCCUGCAGCCGCUCGUGGGGGCCCGUCAGACCUGCUGACCGAUGCCCUGCCUCUGGCCGGGGGCCAGGCCUUCCUGCAGCCCCUGAGUUCAGCUCUGUUCUCCUCCCGGGGCACUGCUGUGCCCGCCACGGCCCUGGACGGCUGCUCCCCACCAGCCCCUGGGGAUGCCAGGGAGGCCGAGGCCAGGUUGGCUGCCUCCAGAGAACAGGGGUCCGGGUCUGAGUGGGACCCGUCAGGCCUGGACACCCCGACGGGAGCGCCAGGGCUUGGCCCAGGCCCCAGGCUCGGCCACGACUCCUUGUUUGCUGGCAUGGAGCUGGUAGCAUGUCCCCGCCUGGUGGGGGCUGGAGCUGCUGAAGAGGAGCCCCUCCCGGCCCCUUGGACGGCAUCACAGAGGCCGGCAGCCCAAGAGCCUUCUGGCUCUGAGCCAUCGGCUUUCGCGUUCUUGAACGUGUGACCUCGUCGCCUGGGCCACGUGUAGCCUCGUGUCGCCAGCCCAUGACUCCUAGGACCCCAUGACUCCGUGUUGUACCCCAUGUCCCACCAAAGCGUGGGCCCCGUCAGGUGUCUGCAGUCAGCCUGGCCUCUUGCCGUCUCCCACUGAGGCCGUGGUGUGGCCCUGCCCAGCCAGUGACGAGGAGGGCCACCGGUAGAACCCAGGCGAUGCCUCAGGAGUCGGCGAACCAGCCAGAACCAGGCUGGCACCAUGGGGAGCGGUGGUCCCUGCCCACGGGGGCCGCCCCCCAGCCUUGCCCCGGGUGGGUUCCCCGUGUUUCUUCAGGGAGGACGGGACCCCGCGGCCCGCCCUGUGGGUCUGAUGGCCCGGGAGCAGCCCCCAGCAGCCUGCGGGAUGGCAGAGGGGGCAGGACGAGGAGUGGCCCUUGGCUGCCGUGUCCCCCGCCUCAAGGCCAUCUGCUGUGGCAGGACAAGCGUUUUUCCCGCUUGCUGGAGGGCUCACGAGGGAGGGCACUGUGGCAGAGGGCGGCACAGCCUGCCUGGAGGGCAUGGGAGCCAGGCGGGGGGCCCGACACUGUCCCCAGUCCCCAGGGUCCUCACGGGCACACAGAGGAGGGCACCGGGGAGACGGCGCCACCUCAGUCAUUGUCCCCCGCCCCUUGGCCAGAGGCAGGCUGUGUGGACCUGAAUUCCUACAGCAGUGGGCACGGGACCCCGAGAAAACCCCUGCCCGCCUUCCCGCAGAAACAAGGUUUUGGGGUGGGUUUAGAACCACUGCUUGGGUCUGUCUGUGGUUUUGAGCUCAGUUCCCUCUGGGGGCAGGGGGGGUCCUGGCAUCCUGGCUGCUGCUCAGGAUGGGGCUCCUCCCAGCAUCGGGUCCCUGUGGGACGCCCGUGUCCGCUCCUCCUGCCGUGACCACCGCCUGCAGACUGCACGGCCACCUUGGAGUAAGGGCUGGGGUCCCUCUUGGAAGAACGGGGGCGGCCUGGGCUCACACCUGCAUAAACACUGCUGUUCACACCAA